AUGGACGCUGCGACCAAAUUUCUUAGGGAAAGGUUUGCACAUGUGUCGAUGACGAAAAAGGAGAUGCUAAUUGCAACGGUUCUCGCAUUUUUACUUUAUGCUUCUUCGAUUAUGAUGUUUUUUGGCAUGAAUUUCUGGCUUUGGUCUUUUAAAAAAGGAAUUAAACGCAGUUAUGCCACCAUUUUCCUUCCAUCAACGGGAUGGGUUUUUCUGUUUGUGGUUUCUACGAUAGUUCUUCGUAUAAUUAGCUGGAAAAGUGGACGCAAUGAGAAUUUUUUCUUUUGGUGCUCUCGUAAGGGCUGUAUUCUUUUGCUUUUGAUUGGUCUAUUUGAUUCAUUGACUGGGCUUUUAUCCCUGUACUCCGCAGUGCAUGUUCCGGUUAUACUUCAAUCUGCGCUUAUAUCGACAGGACCCAUUUGGACUUAUAUACUCGCGUGGAUUUUGUAUCCGGAAAGUCAGCCAAAGUUUUCCCCCAUAUUGCUGUUAGUUGUUGCCUUUACAGCUGGUGGGGUGACUCUUGCAGUGAUGCCACAGACUCAAAGCCAAAAUAAAAAAAAGUAUUUCAGCCCUACUUGGAUAGUAAUAUUUCUUAUAGGGACUUUCUUAUAUCCUCUUUAUAAUGUUCUUCAAGGUCGGUUUUUGAACGAAUUUCGAGGAUCUUGCUCACCGUUUACGAGCAAAAUAAUCAUGUUGACAUGUGAGACAUUUUUGGUGUUUUUUUUUACCUUGACAUACUUUCCAAUUGAUGCUUCUCCAUUUUUUGGAAAGUGUGAUUCUUUACAAGAAUCUUGGGAUAUGCUUAUUUCCAGUUUGAACUGCGUUGCUGGAUGCCCCAAUAAUGCCAUUUAUAUGACUGUAUAUAUUUUGGGUUUUUGGAUCCGUCAUAUUGUUUUUGCGUACAUGAAUGGAUAUUCUCCUGUUGUAGCAGCAGUGGGCAGUCAGAUGAC